AUGUCAACCGUCGUAUUGAUCACCGGAGCCAGCACCGGGCUGGGAUAUGAAGUCGCCCGAGCCUUGUGCAGCUCAGACCAAGACUAUGAGCUUGUCCUCGCGGCCAUGACUGACUUGCUAGCAUUUGAAACCAGAAUGGCACUUUGGACCGAAUUCCCGGACUCAGCUGGUCAUGUACAUCCAGUGACAAUGGAUGUUGAAGACGACAACUCAAUACAAAAGGCGUUCAACCUGGUCAAAGACAAAUAUGACAGGCUGGAUGUGUUGGUGAAUAAUGCCGGUAGGUGCCACGGAAUCCACUGGGGAAAUGGUGGACGAGCAUCUCAUUACGAAAUGAAUCUUCACAAGUAUGUCUCUACGCCAAGCUUGGAACAAAACAUGGAGCGUCAACGCCGUCGGCUCGCAAAUUGUCACAAACACCUUUAUCCCUCUUUUACUCAAGUCUACCAAUCCUCGAUUAUUAUUCUUAUCCAGCGGGACUUCCACACUGGCAGGCUCAGAAAACACCGAUACCCCAAUGAACAAAUCCCCAGCAAAGGGAUGGCCAAAGGAAUCUGGAAUCGGCGUGCCCGCAUAUCGAAGCUCAUUGAACUCUUAACUCAACUCAACAGAGAAUGGCACCGAAUUCUCAAAGACGAUGGUGUCAACGUCUGGGCAAUUUCACCAGGAUACCUCGCCACAGGCCUGGGAGGCAGCGCAGAAGAAAAGAGGCAACAGGGAGCGCUGGAGCCGUCUGUGGGCGGCGAAUUCAUCCGCGAUGUAAUUGAAGGUGCGAGAGACGACGAUGUUGGUAAAGUUAUCACGAGAUUUGGAAUCCAGCCAUGGUAG